CCAAUGCAACAACUGCAAAAGCAACAACGACAGCAACACGUCGACAACAACCCAAAAAAGCACCAGCCUGCUUUUGAGCUAUGCAACAACGAAUUGCCGAUGCGCUUCUAGUCAAGAUAAUGACAGAAUCAACAAUGGCAAAAUAGUUUAACGACCAUCUAGUCCCUAGUUCCUCUGGGCAGGUCACAAUAGUUUGAUCUGAUAAAUAGUCGCCAACUGCCAACUUCACAACUAGCUUUUGCAGAUUGUCGGAGCAAAUAUAUAGUUCAUACUUAUCAGAAAGUAGCAUUAUAGUCUAAAAAGCUGACAGCACUUGUCAGAUUGUGUUGGGGUCAGAAGUUAAUUGGAAGUGAUUAAUAAUCUAUCCAUCUAAACAUCCUAUCUCUCUGCCCAGCCUCGGCUCUAAGUCUAAGUCUCUAAAAGAGAGAGGAUGUCCUGUGUGCCUUAAUAAUUGUUAGAGUAUUCAUCAAGUCGGUGUUUGUUAGUUGGUUCGUUUGCCGUUUGUCGUUGGUGGGGUUGCUCGGUGGGUCAAUUGUGGCUGGCUGCUAGCGAUCAGCAUUCAACAUUCAGCAUUUAGUGGCUUAGGCGCGAACAGGUUCGCAAAUGCGCAGAAAUCAAUCAAGUCAAAUGCAGCAAGCAGCAAGCAAGCAAGCAAGCAACAACAACAAGCAACCAACAACAAGUCAACAACAACAACAAGUGACAAUAGUUGGCGAUAGCCACUGAUUCUUUCGAUUCUUUUGAUUCUCUGUGUAGUCGUUGUUUUUGGUCAGAAGCAGUGCGUCUAAUGCGCAAGUCGCGGACGUCGCUCCGACGCCCGUCACAUGUCGUGUAAAAUGUCCGUGUGCGCAAUCACACGACCGCCCGCAACAGCCGCCGUUAACGGCCAGAGCCCAACACCGACGUCACCGCCAACAACAACAACAACAAUAACGACGCCAGUGACAACGCCAGUAACAACGCCAGUAACAACGCCAGUGACAUCGCCACAGGUGCGCAUCUACGAGGACUUUGAUAGGAUGAGCGCCAAGGAGGUCUACUAUAAUGAGGCCGGCAAGAAGGUGACAGUGAAGCUAUUGCAUUUCCCCGACGUCCUGCCCGAGGAUAUUGCGAAACUGCGCUUUGACGAUGAUGGCGAUGCCGAUGAUGACGAUGCCGAUGCCGAUGCCGAUGUUGAUGACGAUGAUCUCGAUGACAGCAAUGUGGGUCGCAACAUCAGCAACAGCACCAGCAGCAGCAGCAGCAAAGUGCCGAAUAUCGAUAGUGAUGAUGGCGAUAGUGAGACCGAAAUGGCACAUGGUGCGACGGCAAGUGGCGGCAGCAAUGCUGGCAGCAGCGGUGGCGCCACCAAAAAGAUCUUGAGACGCAAACACUCCGGCGGCAAUAUGCAGCCACGCAAAUGCAGCCUGGCCUUUGCCCAGGCACAUGGCAUUAAGCAGCGUGCCGAAAAGAAGCUAUCGAUGCCCACCAUUAGCAUCACAGCCAAUAUCGGCGAGCAUGCCAGUCAAUCUGCCGGGCGGAAACUGUCGCAGCAGCACUCGCAUCCCAUGAUGAUGACGUCGACGCCACGUCGCAGUCAUUCGCCGUUGGGGCAGAGUCUGUGCCCCGGCUACAUACAAUACUCCAAGUCGCUGCUGGAGGUGCCCAUGCCAAGGGACUAUGGCUAUGCCAGCAGCGAUGAUCUGAGCUCCGAAUGGGACUCCGACGUGUCCACAUCGGCGGGCACCUCCCCAACGGCAACGGGCUCCACAGGUUCCACAGCAAGCAGCACGAAGAAGAGCUCCGGCUGGCGAAAGAUACGAAACAUUGUGCAAUGGACGCCCUUCUUUCAAACGUACAAGAAGCAGCGGUAUCCAUGGGUGCAGCUAGCCGGUCAUCAGGGCAACUUCAAGGCCGGUCCCGAGCCGGGCACCGUCCUCAAGAAACUCUGCCCCAAGGAGGAGGAGUGCUUUCAGGUGCUGAUGCAGGAUGUGCUGCGACCGUAUGUCCCCGUCUACAAGGGUCAGGUGACUAGCGAGGAUGGCGAACUCUAUUUGCAGCUGCAGGAUCUGUUGAGCGACUACGUGCAGCCGUGCGUUAUGGACUGCAAGGUGGGCGUGCGCACCUAUCUGGAGGAGGAGCUCUCCAAGGCCAAGGAGAAGCCGAAGCUGCGCAAAGAUAUGUACGACAAGAUGAUACAGAUCGAUGCAAUGGCCCCCAAUGCCGAGGAGCAUGCCGCCAAGGCGGUGACCAAGCCACGCUACAUGGUCUGGCGCGAGACCAUCUCCAGCACCGCCACGCUGGGCUUUCGCAUUGAGGGCAUCAAGAAGAGCGAUGGCACCAGUUCCAAAGAUUUUAAAACGACCAAGUCACGCGAACAAAUCAAAUUGGCUUUUUCCGAGUUCCUCAGCGGCCAUCCACAUAUUCUGCCACGUUAUAUUCAACGCUUGCGGGCCAUACGCGCCACCCUGGCCGUAUCGGAGUUCUUCCAGACGCACGAGGUGAUUGGGAGCUCGUUGCUGUUCGUCCACGAUCAGACGCACGCCAGCGUUUGGCUUAUUGAUUUUGCCAAAACGGUGGCGCUGCCGGCACAGAUGCAUAUCGAUCAUUAUGCGGCGUGGAAGGUGGGCAAUCAUGAGGAUGGCUAUUUGAUUGGCAUCAACAAUCUCAUUGACAUAUUCGUCGAGCUGCAGGCGGCCAUCGAAACUGAGUCGGCAUCUGGCACUGGUUCCGGUACUGGAUCUGGUUCUGGGUCUGGAUCUGGAUCUGGAUCUGGGUCGGUAUCACCAGCGCCAGCAUCAUCAUGCGGCAGCCAGGAGGAGCAGCAGCAGCCAGCGGCCAGCAAAAUGUGAAAAAGCAAUGGCAAAGCAUGAUAAAAAUCUGCACAUAUAUAUAUAUAUAUAUAUAUAUAUAUAUAUAUAUAUAUAUAUAUGCAUACAUGUAAUCUGUAAUCCAUAUAGCUAACGAUGAUACUGAAGCGUUCCAUUGGGGCUGUGCCCCGUCAAGGACAUUUCCUAGCACAUUCCACAGAAAAUGUGUUAAAACAAAACGAAUGAAAACAAAAAUGAUAAAUCAUUAUAAUUAACCCAAUUCCCAAACUUAGCUUACCUGCAAACGCAUACACACAUACAAUACAUACAUACAUACACACACAUACAUACAUACA